CUCUUAGGGCUCAGCCGGCGCUAGAGCUGCGGACACUGUCGCUUCUGCCAGCACUGCCGCUGCCUCGUCUCCGACACCGGCCGAUACCAUGAACCCGGACCUGCGCAGGGAGCGGGCCGCCGCCACCUUCAACCCCGAGCUGAUCACACACAUCCUGGACGGCAGCCCCGAGAAAACCCGGCGCCGUCGAGAGAUCGAGAACCUGAUUAUGAACGACCCAGACUUCCAGCAUGAAGACUAUAACUUCCUCACUCGCAGCCAGCGUUACGAGGUGGCUGUCAAGAAGAGUGCUAGCAUGGUGAAGAAGCUGAGGGAGUUUGGCAUCGCAGAUCCUGACGAAAUCAUGUGGUUUAAAAAACUACAAUUGGUCAAUUUUGUGGAACCUGUGGGCCUCAAUUACUCCAUGUUUAUUCCUACCUUGCUGAAUCAGGGCACCACUGCUCAGCAAGAGAAAUGGCUGCACUCAUCUAAAGGACUCCAGAUAAUUGGCACCUACGCCCAGACGGAAAUGGGUCACGGAACUCAUCUUCGAGGCUUGGAAACCACUGCCACGUAUGACCCCAAAACCCAAGAGUUCAUUCUCAACAGUCCUACGGUGACCUCCAUUAAGUGGUGGCCUGGUGGGCUCGGGAAGACUUCAAAUCAUGCUAUAGUUCUUGCCCAACUCUUCACUCAGGGGAAGUGCUAUGGAUUACAUGCCUUCAUCGUACCUAUUCGUGAAAUUGGGACCCACAAGCCCUUGCCAGGUAUUACUGUUGGAGACAUUGGCCCCAAAUUUGGUUAUGAAGAGAUGGACAAUGGCUACCUAAAGAUGGACAACUAUCGUAUUCCCAGAGAAAAUAUGCUGAUGAAAUAUGCCCAGGUGAAACCUGAUGGCACAUAUGUGAAACCUCUGAGUGACAAGCUGACCUAUGGGACCAUGGUGUUCGUCAGGUCCUUCCUUGUGGGAGAAGCAGCUCGGUCUCUGUCCAAGGCCUGCACCAUUGCCAUCCGCUACAGCGCUGUGAGGCAUCAGUCUGAAAUCAAGCCAGGUGAACCAGAACCACAGAUUUUGGAUUUUCAAACCCAGCAGUAUAAACUCUUUCCACUUCUGGCCACUGCCUAUGCCUUCCAGUUUGUAGGCGCAUACAUGAAGGAAACCUACCAUCGGAUUAACGAGGGCAUCGGCCAGGGAGAUCUGAGUGAGCUGCCUGAGCUUCAUGCCCUCACUGCUGGGCUUAAAGCUUUCACCACCUGGACGGCAAACGCUGCUAUUGAAGAGUGUCGGAUGGCUUGUGGUGGUCAUGGCUAUUCUCAUAGCAGUGGUAUUCCAAAUAUUUAUGUCACUUUCACCCCAGCCUGUACCUUCGAAGGAGAAAACACUGUCAUGAUGCUACAGACAGCCAGGUUCUUGAUGAAAAGCUAUGACCACGUGCACUCAGGAGAGCUGGUGUGUGGCAUGGUGUCCUACUUGAAUGACCUGCCCAGUCAGCGUAUCCAGCCACAGCAUGUGGCAGUCCGGCCAACUGUGGUGGAUAUCAACAGUCCAGACAGCCUGACAGAAGCAUAUAAGCUUCGUGCAGCCAGACUAGUGGACAUUGCUGCGAAAAAUCUUCGAAAUGAAAUGAGUCACAGGAAAAGCAAGGAGGUAGCAUGGAACCUAACUUCUGUUGACCUUGUUCGAGCAAGUGAGGCACAUUGCCACUAUGUGGUAGUUAAGCUCUUUUCUGAAAAACUCCUCAAAAUUCAAGAUAAAUCCAUCCAAGCUGUUUUAAGGAACUUGUGUCUUUUGUAUUGUCUGUAUGGAAUAAGUCAGAAGGCAGGGGAUUUCCUUCAGGGGAACAUCAUGACAGGGUCUCAGAUUACCCAAGUGAAUCAGCGUAUAAUGGAGUUGCUCACUAUAAUUCGCCCCAAUGCUGUUGCUUUGGUUGAUGCAUUUGAUUUUAAGGAUGUGACGCUGGGCUCUGUUCUUGGCCGUUACGAUGGGAAUGUGUAUGAAAACUUGUUUGAGUGGGCCAAGAAAUCCCCACUGAACCAAACAGAGGUCCAUGAAUCUUAUCACAAGCACCUGAAGCCGCUGCAGUCCAAGCUCUGAAGUGUGAGAAGGACAAGUUACGGUGGCUCCAGAAAGCAGCUGUGUGCAUCUCUCUCUCCUACCCAAGGCACACAUCUUUGCAGAAUCUUUAUUACAUUCAUAUAGCUGUAGAACAAAUGAUAAAUUGGCCCUUUUUCUCUUUUUAUAAAUGAAGAAAAAAAUGAACAGAUUUCAGAGAUUAAAUUGAAAAAAGGAUGCGUUCUAAGUGCAAUUAACACUGAAAGAGACUUCUCAAGCAUUCAGAAAAAAACUAAAGAAAUGGCAGUGUGACUUCCAUUUGUAAUGCUGCUGAUCCCCGUUAGGUCAUGACUUUUGAUAAUUAGCAGAAUUUAUCUACUAAGUACUUAAUUAUUUUUUGAAUUUUAAUUGCUAAUCACUGGAAUCAUGGGCUAUUUAAGUGUGUUUAAGCAAAAGUACUUUUUAAGUGGGGCAAAACCCUUCCAAGCUUUCCUGCUAGAUGACCUGUUGCUCCUACUAGGACUGGCUAAAAAGUAGGACUGAAGAAGUGGGAUGGAGAAAGAAAGGAAAGUAAUAAGAAACCUAAUGUGAGUGAA